AUGGAUCUGUUCUUGAGGAAGAACAGAUCCAGGUCUGUUCUUGGAAGAACAGACCCUGGGAAUCUGUUGGGAGGAAUAUUGUUGGUCAUCGUGACCCUACUUGAAAGGAUGGUGAAAACUAUUGAUGUGUGCUUUCAUUUUGGUGGUACAUGGAGUAACACCCCUCAUUUUAGCUAUGUGGAUGAUGAGACUGAAGUCUUCCCUGGUUUUGAUGCAGACAUGCUGUCAAUUACUCACAUUAGGAAGAUGUAUAAUAAGUUCCUGGGAUUUCCUAAUGUGAGUAAAAAAAUUUUCUGCCUUAAUAAAAAGCCCCUAACAACCCACAUGUACCUGGCCCAGACAGAUGAAGAUAUUCGAAGGAUAUUGAGAAGGAAAGAUGAUCACAUGAGGCUGGAUAUAUACUCAGAUCAUGAUGUGGACAACCCAGUGUUUUUUGAAGACAUUCCUCUACUACCUUGGCAUAAUUCUCAAAAAGAUGGUGAUAUAGAUGGGGGCCCAACAGUUGAACCAGUUGUGGAUGUAGAUGGGGGCCCAACAGUUGAACCAGUUGUGGAUGUAGAUGGGGGGCCAAAUGUUCAACCAUUUGUGGAUGUAGAUGGGGGCCCAACUGUUGAACCAGUUGUUGAGGUAGUUGGGGGCCCAAUGUCUCAGCAGAUUGGUGGAGAUGUUAGCCCAAUGGUUGAGCCUGUGGUGGACAGUGAGGGUGAGGCAGAGUGUGAGGAAAUUGCUGAGAGUGAUGAUAUUGGUGAUGGUGAGAGUGAUGUUGAGGGUGAGAAAGAGGGUGAUGGUGAGAGUGUGGGUGAUAGUGAGAGUGAGUCUGAGUCUGAGACUGACUCUGAAUCUGACUCUGAGACUGAUUCUCAGUCUGGUAAUGAUGAAGAAGAGGGUGAUGGUGAAGAAGAGGGUGAUGCUGAGGUAGAUGGUGAUGCUGAAGAAGAUGAUGGUGAUGAGAUAGGGUUAUGUGGCAGUGGUAGUGAGGAGGAUACUGCCAAAAGAAGGAAAAGUGCUAAAAGAGAGUUCAAGCAAAAAUCAACUACUGAUCUUGUUGUUGGUAUGACCUUUGCAAAUGCAGUAGAGGUUAGGAAAGCAAUAGCAGAAUUAUCAGUUGCAAAUGGGAAGCCAGUGAAAUUCCUGAAGAAUGAACCUGAUAGAGUUAGAGUUACUUGUCAAGAACAAAACUGCCCAUUUCUAUUUUAUGCUGCUAGACCUUCAAAGGAAGAAAGGAUGAUGAUCAGGACCUUAAAUUUGAAUCACAGAUGUGGGAGUAGAAAAUUUGAAAAUAGAAGUGCUAGCAGUAGAUUUAUUGCUGGUCAGUUCAAAAGAAGACUUAAACAGAAUCCUUCCUUGAAGAGUAAAGAGAUGAGGCAGCAGUUGAAAGAAGAGUUCAAGGUGAAUGUGUCAGUUUCCAUUUGUAAGAGAGCUAAGAGGAAAGUAUUGUCAGAGCUGAAUUCCAAUUACAAAACUGAGUUUGCAAGGCUUGAUGCAUAUGCAGCAGAACUUAGGAGAUCAAACCCAGGCAGCAAGGUGCUAGUUGAAAUAUGUCCAAUCAGGUCCCGUGAAGGCAAAAGAGUGUUUAGGAGGUUAUUCAUAUGUUUUGAAGGUUGUAAAAGAGGGUGGUUGAAUGGCUGCAGACCCAUCAUAGGCAUGGAUGGGUGCUUUUUGAAGGGAGUGACACAGGGGCAAUUAUUGUGUGCUGUUGGCAAGGAUGGGAAUAACCAUAUGUUCCCAAUUGCUUGGGCCAUUGUUGAUGUGGAGGACAAAGACAACUGGAGAUGGUUUUUGGACUGCCUUAUUGACUCUCUGGAUUUGAAGAAUGGGUUUGGACUAACAAUAAUUUCUGAUAUGCAAAAGGGGUUGAUACCAGCUGCACAGGAGGCACUCCCAGAGGCUGAACACAGAUAUUGUGCAAGACAUGUGUAUGCAAAUUGGAGUAAAGAUUGGAGAGGGGGUGAAUUGAAGCUCAAGUUUUGGACAUGUGCUUGGAGCACAUAUGAGGAGGAAUUGAGUGAGAAUUUGAUUAAGAUGGCUACUGAUCAUGGGGAAAAGGCAGCUGCUGACUUGCUAAAAUACACUCCUCAUAAAUGGUGCAAGGCUUACAUUAGUGCAAGAUGUAAAUGUGAUAUGGUGGACAACAAUGUGUCAGAGACAUUCAAUUCUUGGGUGAAUGAAUUCAGGGACAGACCACCAAUCACACUUUUGGAAGAGAUUAGAAAGAAGGUCAUGACAAGGAUAGCAAACUACAAGAAUUUCACUUCCACAUGGCAAGGUGACUUCUCACCUGAUUGUUUGGCUACAUUUGAGUCCAAUUUUUUGCAGAGCACUGAAUGUCAGAUAUUGGACAAUGGUGAUGAUGGUUAUGAGGUCAGCCAUGGUGAUGAUCAACACACUGUAGUUUUCAACAAGAAGUCUUGUACCUGCAGGUUAUGGGAUAUAAGUGGGAUUCCUUGUGCACAUGCAAUUGCAGCCCUAUACCAUGCCAAGAAGAACCCCUUAGACUAUAUAUGCAACUGCUUCAACAAGAUAAUGUUCCAAAAUGCAUAUCAUUUUUCCCUACAACCUGUUAGGGGGAUCAAAUUUUGGCGUUGUGACAAAUAUGAGGCUAUUGAGCCUCCCCCCUUCAAGCAACCACCUGGCAGGCCAAAAAAGAAUAGGGUUAAAGCUAAAAAUGAGUCAAAGAAGCAGUCAGUCAGGGAGAAGCAGUCAGUCAGGGAGGGCCAGUCCAGUGAAAUGCAGAAAUUGGCAAGACAGAUUGGUCAUGUCAAAUGCAGUUUGUGCAAAGGGUUAGGCCACAACAAGAAAACCUGCAAAAACAAAAAUACUGGCCCUUCAACUGUUGGUCAGGGAGGAGGCAAUGAGUGUUCACAAGCAGAAACUGCUCAAACUGGCCAUGGAAGAACUUCACAACCUGGCCAUGUCAGUCAGGGAGGGACAGCCCAGGGAGCAACUGGCCAUGGCAGACAUGGAGGAACACCAAGAGCAGCAACUCAAGAAUCACAGUGUUUCCCAAGCACUUUCACAGGAAAUGCAAGGCAAAAAUUAAAAGUUCGCAAAGCAAAUGCCAGGAAUUUUGCCAAGAACAUGGACAAGGAGAGAACCAAUAGUGGUGUUGGUGUCACUUAUGAUCAACCAACUGGCAGGACAACAUUCCUUGGAUCAGUGACUGCUUCUCAUGUAGUUGAUCCUGGAAAUGUAGCAGCUGCCCAGCAACACACUGAUGCUUGGUCAUUCAGGUAUUCUUUGAGACAGAGAUCACCACUCUUAGCUCCUUCACAGAGGCCUAGUGCAGAAGCUAUGAGGAAGAUCAACUUCACUGCAGAUGGUCAAGGACCUGUUAAUUUGCCAUACACAGCAUCUUCUGGUAUCACAUACAAGGGAAAUCCAGCUAUUACUUUAACCCAGUUACAACGGCAAACACGUAAGAGGAAGACCCCUACAAAUACUGGAGAAAACACUCAGCAGUUUGCACAGUCUCAACCUGUUUUGACUAGAGAGAAGGGGAAAGCCAAAGUUCAACCUGAAAAAACUGCAUAAGGACUACACUAUAAACUACUUUUUGUUAAGAGCUGAUGUGCUCAAUUACAUUGAUCUCAUAGUAUGUAAUAUUUUUGUGUAUGGAUCCAUAUGUGGUCAUUAGGCACACUUUUUUUGUAAAGGGCUAUUGAGCUCCUUUAGAUAGCAUUAUAGCUUAUGUGGUCAUUAGGCACACUUUUUUUUUGUAAAGGGCUAUUGAGCUCCUUUAGCUA